CGAAAAGCCAUUUCGUUGCACCUGUGGGAAGGUCUUCUCUCGACAGGAUCUCCUGUCUCGUCACCUGAGGAUUUCGCAAGAUCGCCAGCAGCAUCAAACAGAAUCUAUCCAAACCAUGACAUCAAAAUCUCCCCAGGCACAGGAUUCUCACACUGCUCAAUGCGCCGGUAUGAAUGAACCCGCUGGAUUCUUAUCCGAUGCUUCUUUGCGUGUGCCGGAUCCUUUAACUCAGUUUAAUUUUUCGGAUGAUCUCGACUUUCUGUGGAACGGUAUCGAUAUUGGCGCUCUAUCCACUCCAUCUGGACAAUCCGACACAAGAUUUGGUCGAGACAUGAUAUACCUGUCUCAGCACGGGAUGAUUGAUCCCUCCGUGCUUUUCUUGCCCGAUCUGCCGCCUGCACUUGGUUCGAGUGAAAAUCAUGGACAAAAUACAGUUGAAUGUGGAAUGUUGUCAUCUUAUUCGUCUCGGCUGCCAUCCUUGGAGCCGUCUGUCGACGAAGCACACUCCACAUCUCGAAAUAUAUCUCGUGACACACCUCGGAGUAUUCGAAAUUACAAAUCAUCCUGUCCGUGGAGAAUAACUCAAGCGAAUUACAUCACAAUUGUCGCCCUGAUUCACGAAGUGCAACCCUCUCUGCCUGUCGGAUUUGAACUUCCCUCACGGCAUUCUCUGUGUCGCUAUUUUGAAGGAUAUUUUACAGACUUCCAUAGACACCUGCCUUUUCUACACAUUCCAACAAUCACAAUCACCAAUAUUCCACUAGCUUUAUGGCUCGCUAUUGCAGCAAUUGGGGCACAAUACCGCUUUGAGCGACAGGAAGCCCUGAAUUUAUACCGUGCGUCGAAGGCGUUGAUAGAUCACCAAAUCGAAACACGGUAUCAUUGCUCGAGCGCAUUUACACCCUUGCAUAGUUCUUCGCAAGAUAACUUAUCGCAGGACCCAGCGACCCAAUAUGAGAAUAGUCGAGAUGAAGGACCAGAGAACCAAGUCACAGAACUGACUCAAGCAUUGGUGCUAUUGAUGAUAUUUGCAACUUACAAUCAUCAUUCACUUCUUCAAGAUGCGUUUGCGAUAUCGAACUGUCUUGUUCAUUACUUACGGGAGAGUAAGCUACUUGAAAAUGAUGGCGAACCCUCCAAUCAAACGUGGGAGCAAUGGGUCAAGUUAGAGGGUAGACGUCGAACUAUACUCGGAGCUUUCGUAUUCAUACACAUUCAAUCCGUCGUUUAUGAUAUUCCACCAAAACUUAUGAGUAGUGAGAUACGCAAUAUACGGGUACCCAGCUCAGAAGCACAGUGGAAUGCGUUGGAUGCGACCAUGUGGAGAGCCAUUAAAGAAAAUUCACCACUAGGGGCUACAUUUGGGGAGAUCCACGCCGCUCAUUUUGGUAUCACGCAGCAAUGUUCUACCACCUGCAAUAUUUCAUCAUUUGCAAAUUUGGCCUUAAUCCAUGCUCUAAUACAAAACGUCCAUCUAGCGUGGGAAUUGAACUCUACGGUGCUUAAUGAUGACAGCUGCAAUGUGGUAAACAAUCAAUCUCUCCCUUCUUCAACAGUCUCGAGGCUUGAAUGUGCGCUCGGGCAGUGGAAGAGUAACUGGGAAGCCACUGAAGAGUCAUCAAUUAAUCCAAUAUCAUCAAGUGGACCGCUAGGUUUUAACUGUACCGCGCUCUUUCGAAUUGCCUGUAUUCGACUCUAUUAUAACAUAGGUCCUUAUCUGCAAUUCAAGACACGGGAUCCACGGAUCAUUGCAGAGAAAAUUCGAAAGGCACCACUCCCUUCACGGACACCGAAAUUAUAUAGCGCUGUUCUCCAAAGCGCACACUCCCUGAGCAUACCUGUCCGUCUCGGUGUGGAAUACGUUGCAAGAACUCAAACUCUAACUUGGAGUAUCGUUCAUACUCUGUGCAAUGUUGAAUGCGCCUUAUUCUUAACCAAGUGGCUCGAACUGAUGGUCGUAGACACUGAAAGCAUCUGUGCCGAAGAGCAGAGAUUACUGGACAUUGUGAACAGCGUUCUGAGCGAAACCGAUUUCAAAAUAUCCAUCAAGUCCGAAAGGGACCGCUCGAAGCAGAUAAAACGUGUUGGUAUAGGUAUUGUGAAGCUUUUAGCACAAACUCUCCGAGGAAGUCAUGUUUUUGAAUUGGUGGAAGUCCUUAAAGUCUCUCUUGAGAUGUAUGCCAGUGUCUUGGAAAAUGACCUCUGAGGAUUUUAAUAACUGCAUUUGUUUCCUUUUUCUUAACUGCUACAUUUUCGACCUACUAGGGUUACUUGCAUUUUUGUUUCUUCUCAACUCUGGUAUGCUUCAAGUUGAGUUUGGGUCCCUUUAUGGAAAAGUUACAAAC